AUGUCACAGGUGGUGCACGACUUGAAAAUACCUUGGCAGCUCAAAGAACUCGAUUUUGUGGCUGACAGUGAUGAUGUUUAUGGUGUCUUUGAAUUUGCUAGUGAUCAUUAUCAAAGCAUUAAUAUGGUGAGUAAAUACAGUGUAUCUCUUACAGCUGCUUCAGUCAACUUUGAGGUCCAUAUAUGUAACGUCAUUUAGAGACCUCGUUUUUCUCUGUAGUUAGAUAUAUGUAUGACAAAAACCUGAAAUGAAUCUGUGCAUAAAAAUCAAGGGGAAAAAGCAAGUAUGCAUAAUUUACGGUACGCCACCACAGUACAGAUCAAGAAGGCAAAAGUGAAAAGAUUCUUAUGCGACUUUCUGUGGAUCACGAAACUAAUAUUUGAAAGUAUUGUACAUGCCUGAAAACCUUUUUUUGUUAAGAAAACGACUAUAUUAUAUCAUUUAUAAAAUUUAGAAUUUUGAUUAUUGCAUAAAAUAAUUUCUAGUCAUUACUGGUGCCUUAGCAAAAUUGAUAAUUUGGUACCUUGACAUUUUACUUAGUGAUGAGAGGAUAAGUGAACUUCCCUUCUUCCCUGUUAUGUUACAGGACAGCAUACCUCGCCAGCUUCAUCUCAACAUCACAAGAACUGGUGGUAUGGUGGGGAGUGUUCGUAUUAACAUUACUGUAACAUAUCAUCUGCCUGGAAGUAGCAUCCCAUCUAAUGAAGUAGCAUUGGAUUAUAGUGGUGAUGUUACAAUAGCUGCGGGCUCUAGAAGCACUUUUGUGGUCUUGCGCAUUGCUGAUAAUGGAUUCCUCAAGCUUGGAGCUGCUUUCAAAGCGGAACUGAUAGCUGUCAGAUUACAGAGUGGAGGUAUCGUACUUUGUAUAUUUUACGGUCCUGAAAUCUUUAUCCUUUUCCCAUAAGCCUAAAUUUACAUGAACAGAAUCGGAUCUUGUUGUGGUACAGAUGCAAUUUUAUCCAGUCAUGUGUUGCUCAGUUAUAUAGUGUAGGUAGUUACAGGACUGUUACAGUCGCAUCUAUUAGCCGCGACCAGAAACCUCAGACGAGUUUCAUUCUAUGGUAAACAUUCACUGUACACACGUCAGUUGACAUCUUAGUCUCAUGCAGUCCAUACAGAUAACUGUGUAACAGACGCUUAAAUACUAAUACAUAUAACACACUGUAGGCAAUGUACAAUUCGAGAAGAUGGCAGCUUUAUUUACAGCGGCAAAAAUAAGCGUCCUAUUGGCUCUUCCCAAGAAAAUAGACCUUUUUAUAAACUACAUUCAUCCGACUAGCCUCCCACGCAUUGGUUCGUCACGCAAUUCUCCCCGAUCCCUGUGUGUGGAAGGCACGCGUAACGAAGCCCUCAGAACGUCUGCGUGGGAGGCUUCUAUCAGACAAGUUCAUCGCAUUCACACGAGUCCCUACUAUUUUCUCUUGCAUGUAUCAUCCGUUGAAACUCUUUUUUUUUUUUCAAAUCUGGCGACCAAUAGCGUACCAUUAACAAGCGAGGUCCCACCCUCCUCACCCAAGAUCGGAAACAAGUCUGAGGUUUUCCUCAACGUAACUGCCAAAGAUGCCAAUGGAGAGGUUGGAUUUUCUACAGCUCAUCAGAUGUUUUCUGUGCAAGAGCCUGCAGGCUCAGCCUCAUCAUUUCUUCAGUUGGCAGUUAAGCGCAGUGGAACCGCUAACAGGGUUGUUGUUCACUGGAAUAUCACCAGUAACAGCAACACAUUUUUUCCUAAUGAUACUGGUCCGCAGAGCGGAAAAGUUUCGUUUGAAGAAGGUACGACUUAGAACAUGACUUCAUCAAAUGAAUAACUUAAUUGUAGUUACAUGUUUUAUGGAAGGGCCUGCAUUUGUUGUAGAUGUAGACAGUUGCUUUAGACGUUGGCUUAGUUCUUGUUAUUACAUUGUGGCUCCGGCCUUGGGACCUUUGGGAGAGCUUUCAGAGGAGUUCUACCAUCGUGGAAUUUCGUAGCGAAUUCAUAGUUAGAGAUCAAAACCUGUACAUGCAAAUAGCUGUCUUAUAUUGCUGCUACUGAAGAGACGAAUAACUUGGCAAAGGGGUGUGAUGGGGGCUUCGAUGAUCAUUGGUAGUUUGAAAGAAUUCUAUUACUCUGAUCGAACUUGAUGCGUAGUAAUUGUUUUUCUGUAAACAUGCUGGGAGAGUUUUUUCAUUUCAGGUGUGUUUGCAGGGCAUUUUUUCUUAAUUAUUUAACCCCUCCUUUAAAAGGCAAACUGAUGCCAAGACACCUAAAGUUAAGUGAGGAUUUGAAGAUUUCUUUUUAGCAGCUUUGAGUCUAUUAGCUUAAAUUUAAUUUUAUUAUGAGUAUAUAAACUCAUCGGAGGUUUCGCUUUUAGCCUUGGCUAAAUCUCCAUGUUAACGCCCCAUAACGCUGUUGUUUAUUUUUUAGCACAGACGCCUUCAUACAUGUACAUGAACAAUAUGCUGACCAUUUUUCCUUUUAGAAAAUCCCAAUGCUACGUAAUUAUCUGGUCCUUAAGCUUCCUGCACUGUCAACACCUACAUUGCUGAAACACUGCACAAAAAGGUGACGAAUAAUUACGCCCUUUUAACUCUCUUGUGGAUUAACUUCUCUUUAAAGGUCAAGAUGAAGUCAACAUAACCAUUGAAAUAAAGCCAGAUGAAAGCCCCGAAGUGGCCAAGGUCUUUACAGUUAAACUUGUAAAUGUGUCUGAUAUGGGUAGGAUUCAAGUUGGUGCUGUACAUAUUUACAUUUAGCCAUGGCAAGGAAAUGGGUGCCCGUCUUAAGAGGCGAACUCAAUCCAGCAGCUCAUUCUUGCAUUAGCAUAACGGUAAUCAAUGUUUUACAGAUUUAUCUUCAGCUUAAUACGUAGUGUGCAUGUACUUGUUAGACUUUCAGAUACAUUCAAUUUAUUCAGCCUGAGAACUAGCUCAUAAAGUAUGGAGGUCAUGUACUGUAAGUCCUGGAAAGUUUAGGAAUUCUACCCUGCAGAACAGGAGUUAUUUUUUCGCGUUUUACAGCUGAGAGAAGGCAAGCGCGAAGCGGGCGAGGGCGCGAAAUGCGCAACUACGGGGCAAAGAAGUAGCGUCUACUCUGCAGGCUAAGGAUUUCAGUUUUCUUCUCAUGGAGGUCGACAUACAUGUAAUAGUAUCGUUAGCUUUUUCCUUGGGUGUCCCUUGACAUGAUUUAUGGUUCCACACUCAUAUUAACAGGACAAGGCUCAGGUGACAAUCGAAGAAAGUGAUAAUCCUGGAGGAACAUUCGAAUUCAAGAAUUCCACAGCUGUUGUUUUACAGGUAUUUCGCUUCUCUUCUUCGCUUCUUUGGAAUGCUAUCCAGUAAUUUUAAAAAUCCUCAGAAAUAAGUUACCAGCAAAUAUAGCAAUAACUAACUCCUCCUCAUUAGACUUGGUUGGUAAUAAAGAGGCUGUGAUCUCAGUGAAUACAGUUCCCUCCCUCUCAGCCCUUCAGUGUCCUCUUUAUCACUGUAAAACCUUGCAGAAAGAGGGUUGCCUAGUCCCUGAACGGCGUUUUCCCAGUCCCUCUCGGUCAAUUCGCUUCUGUGACUUUUCCUUUAGACCACGCGACCCGAAACGCUUUGGCUGCGCGGAAUAAUGAGGCCCAGGGCCUAGGCAAGAAAGAAGUACAGAUCUCCGCCCAAAACUGAAUUUAAUGUCAUGGUUUUCGUAGCUACCGGCCUGCCUUUUUACAUUCCCAGUAGUUGAGCACAGUGAGCAGUGUACGUUACCGCUUAAAACUAAGAUUUUUUGUACAAUGUUGACCCAGUCCUAUUUCUAGAGUCACUAAAGCAGCACGUUUCGAACAAAUUACCCGCAAAGAAGUUCGACUUUUUAGCGAUCUGCAGGCUCAAGACUCUUAUCUGUCAACAAAUAUUGCCUCUCUAAACAACCUUAUAUUUACUUAUGCUGUAAAAAUAAUAACGUCAGUCUCUAAAGUACAGUUAAGGGCGCGCCUCAUUUUGAUAUAAGCUAUAGCGUCAUCAAGUAAACACAUAGCUAUUUUUUUCUUCAUUUCUUUCCAAAGGAAAGCAGUAGCAACAACUUCAUAAAUAUUGGGAUUGUGCGGAAGGUCAGUGCCCUGGACUCUCGCUGGGUGUCGUUUGUAAUGGUUCCUUCAGGUGAGAUGAAGUGA